GCUGAUUAAGGAGUGUGCUGGGCAGGAGGCAGCUCCCCGGGUAGGAGCGUGGGCACUCUGAGCUGUGGCUGGAUCUUCCAACAGCCCCUUGCAGCAGAGGCUGAUUAUCGCCUUCUCCUUACAGAGCUAGUGGUUGAGGACUUGACAUUUUUCUUCUGGCUUUUAAACAACCUCCAGAAAAUCUUGCUCAGACAGAUCGGAAGAGCUACUACAUCCCUGUGGACCUCAAGGUUUUUUCAAGAAAAGACCCAGCCCUCAGCACUGAGUAUCUUGGCUAGCGAGGACUCUGCACAGCUUUUACAGUCCUGAUUCAUGGUGUUUGGGCGGCUGAGAUUGGAUGUUCACAUGUGGACCAACAGUGACAUCCUUUUUCAGCAAUGAUGUCUUGACUCCCUCCUGCAUUCAGAAGCAUCUAGAGAGAUUUUUUGCAGAAGGGAUCCUCAAUGCGUUUGCUGGCUGUUAUUUAAGGAGCCUUUACUGAAAGCUUCUGGAUUGUGUUUCUGAGCAGACACAAGAUUUUUUUGUGUUCAAAAUGCUCAUAAAGGAAUAUCGGAUUCCUCUUCCGAUGAGUGUGGACGAGUACAGGAUUGCUCAGCUCUACAUGAUACAGAAAAAGAGCAGAGAGGAGACAUGUGGGGAAGGCAGUGGAGUGGAGAUCCUGGAGAACAGGCCAUACAUGGAUGGGCCAGGAGGCAGCGGGCAGUACACUCACAAAGUGUACCACAUUGGGAUGCACAUCCCCAGCUGGUUCCGCUCCAUCUUGCCCAAGGCAGCUCUGCGGGUGGAAGAGGAGUCCUGGAAUGCAUAUCCUUACACAAGGACAAGGUAUACGUGUCCUUUUGUGGAGAAGUUCUCUAUUGACAUUGAGACGUACUACAAAACUGAUCCAGGAGAGCAUGUCAACGUGUUCAACCUUUCUCCUGCAGAAAAAAGACAAACCAUUCUAGAUCCUAUUGAUAUUGUUAAAGAUCCUAUCCCUCCACAUGAGUACAAAGCUGAGGAGGAUCCAAAGCUGUAUAAAUCCAUAAAGACUAAAAGAGGCCCCCUCUCAGAAGACUGGAUUCAGGAGUACAAGAACAACCCUGGGAAAUACCCCAUCAUGUGUGCAUACAAGCUCUGUAAAGUGGAGUUCAGAUACUGGGGGAUGCAGUCGAAAAUUGAGCGGUUUAUCCAUGAUGUUGGCUUGAGGAAGGUCAUGGUCCGUGCCCACCGGCAGGCUUGGUGCUGGCAGGACGAGUGGUAUGGGCUCACCAUUGAGGAUAUCCGGCAGCUGGAGAAGGAGGCACAGUUGAUGCUGGCUCAGAAGAUGGCCCAGUUCUGCAGUGAAAAUGAUACUGAGCAGCACGGGGUCAAAGAUGCUCCUGGUGAGAAGGAUGUUGAAGCCAACGCAGUUUCGCCUGCUGACACAGAAGAUGCUGCUGGUAACAAUGAAACGGCCUCUGGGAGAUCACUCACCAAGCAGUGGUCAACCUCUUCCAAGUCAUCACGAUCUUCAAAGAGAGGAGCAAGUCCCUCACGCCAUAGUAUCUCGGAGUGGAGGAUGCAGAGCAUUGCCAGAGAUUCAGAUGACAGCUCAGAUGAUGAAUUCUUUGAUGCACAUGAGGACUUGUCCGACAAUGAGGAAGUGUUCCCGAAAGAAAUAACCAAAUGGAGUUCCAAUGAUCUGAUGGAUAAAAUUGAAACCCCUGAAUGCGACGAUGUCCAGGGUGAUUUGUAUCAUGAGCCAUCAGCAGAGUACCACGUUGGCUCCAGCGUGGAGACCCUCAGCAUCAUUGAAGAUGAAUCAGUGCAGCCAUUAUUGCAGCCAAGUAAAAUCCAUGUCCUCCUCUUGGUACUCCAUGGAGGGAACAUCCUGGACUCAGGAAGUGGUGACCAGAGCUCUAAGCAGGGGGAUGUCAACACCAUCACAACAGUGUUUGACACAGUGAUGAGGGUGCAUUACCCAGCUGCUCUCGGGCACAUCGCCAUCCGGCUCGUCCCCUGCCCAGCCAUCUGCUCCGAAGCCUUUUCACUGGUGUCCAGCCUCAGCCCAUACAGUUACGAUGAAGGCUGCCUGUCCAACAGCCAGGAUCACAUUCCCCUUGCUGCACUCCCUCUGCUAGCAACAUCCUCCCCGCAGUACCAGGAAGCCGUGGCCACAGUCAUUGUCAGAGCCAACCAGGCCUACAGUGAGUUCAUCAGAUCCCAGGAGGGCAUGUCAUUCAAUGGCCAGGUUUGCUUGGUAGGGGACUGUGUUGGAGGAAUCCUGGGAUUUGAUGCCUUAUGCUACAGCAAUCAGACUGUGUCUGAGAGCCAGAACAGCAGUCGGCGAGGAAGUGUUGUGAGUGUGCAGGAUACUGAUCUCCUCUCUCCUGGAAUAACGGUGAACAACAGCUAUUGUUCCAGUGGCUCUAAUCUGGAAGCCAGCAGACACCUCAGCAGGAGCAACAUUGAUAUUCCCCGUAGCAACGGAGAAGAUCCAAAGAAGCAGCUGCCACGAAAAAGGAGUGAUUCAUCAACCUAUGAAUUGGACACGAUAAAGCAGCACCAGGCCUUCCUUUCAAGUUUACAUUCUAGUGUGCUGAGAAACGACCCGGGAUCCAGGCGAUCUAGUAGCUCCACUAUGUUGGAUGGAGGAAAUAUCGGGAAGUUUGAAUUUGAGGUCACUGACUUCUUCCUCUUUGGUUCACCCUUGGGUCUGGUUCUUGCACUGCGAAAAACUGUCAUUCCAGCUCUUGACAUCUUUCAGCUCAGACCAGCUUGUCAGCAGGUCUAUAACCUGUUCCACCCUGCAGACCCAUCAGCUUCACGCCUGGAGCCUCUUCUGGAGAGGAAGUUCUACCUUCUGCCCCCCUUUAAUAUUCCUCGUUACCAGAGGUUCCCACUGGGUGAUGGCAAUUCUGCUGUUCUGGUUGAGACAAUCCAGAACAAUCCCAUCCUCCUCAUGGAAAGUAGCCCUCUGGGUGCUCUCCAGCAGCAGGACAGCUUCAUGGAAACAAGUAUCCCUGUUCCUGUACUGAAUUGGCAAGAUGUUUCCAAUAAAAGUGCUGGUUUUGCUGAGUCAGAUGUUGUUCAGUCUCAUGGUGCCGUCUUCAUGGAAAACGCGUCCCUGUCCACCCCCAUUUCAGCCCCUCAGUUCAGGGGCUUCCGGAGAGCCAGUGAGAUCAGCAUUGCCAGCCAGGUCUCAGGAAUGGCAGACAGUUACACUGCUUCCAACAUAGCCAACAAAACCAAACAGCACCUUAAUCAUUGUAGAGGGUUUAGCCUUCUGUCCCAACUUGCCCUCCCUCACAAAUCCCCUACCCAAACCUCGUCCAAGAGACGUAGGCAGCGUAAACAUGAAAUCCCUUUGAAGGGAAGAAAGCUCAAAGGGCCCUGGAGUCAGGCUGCAGACACUGCCCUUCGGAUACCCGACCUGGACAUCAAGACAGUUGCUGCCAAGUGGUGGGGAACCAAAAGGAUCGACUACGCUCUCUACUGCCCCGACGCCCUGACGGCUUUCCCGACCGUCGCCUUGCCGCACCUUUUCCAUGCCAGCUACUGGGAGUCCACAGAUGUUGUCUCCUUCCUGCUGAGACAGGUGAUGAGGCAUGAGAACUCGAGUGUUUUGGAGCUGGAUGGGAAGGAGGUGUCUGUCUUCACCCCUUCUAAGCCCCGCGAGAAGUGGCUCCGCAAGAGGACACACGUGAAGCUCCGGAAUGUCACAGCCAACCACAGGAUCAACGACACCAUUGCUAAUGAAGAUGGGCCCCAGACCUUAACUGGAAGGUUUAUGUACGGUCCCUUAGAUAUGGUCACACUGACAGGAGAAAAGGUGGACAUUCACAUCAUGACCCAGCCACCCUCAGGAGAGUGGGUUUACUUUGACACAGAGAUCAGCAACAGCAGUGGCAGGAUUUCUUAUGUCAUCCCUGAGAACCGGCGCCUGGGCAUUGGCGUGUACCCCGUCAAGAUGGUGGUCAGGGGCGACCACACGUAUGCAGACAGCUACAUCACAGUCCUGCCCAAGGGGACAGAGUUUGUGGUGUUCAGCAUCGAUGGCUCCUUUGCCGCUAGCGUGUCCAUCAUGGGCAGCGACCCCAAAGUCCGCGCCGGAGCCGUCGACGUCGUCAGGCACUGGCAAGACCUUGGCUACCUCAUUAUCUAUGUCACAGGCCGCCCCGACAUGCAGAAGCAGAGGGUGGUGGCGUGGUUAGCACAGCACAACUUCCCCCACGGCAUCGUCUCCUUCUGCGACGGGCUGGUCCACGACCCGCUGCGGCACAAGGCCAACUUCCUGAAAUCCCUCAUCGCAGACCUCCACAUGAGGAUCCAUGCGGCAUAUGGAUCUACCAAGGACAUCUCUGUGUACAGCUCCAUCAGCCUCCCACCCACCCACAUCUACAUCGUUGGCCGACCCACCAAGAAGCUGCAGAGCCAGUGUCAGUUCAUCACGGAGGGGUAUGCAGCCCACCUGGCCCAGCUGGAGUACAACCACCGCUCGCGCCCCGCCAAGAACACGGCACGCAUGUCGCUGCGCAAGGGCAGCUUCGGGCUGCCCAGCCAGGCCGAGUUCCUGCGCAAGAGGAACCACCUGCUGAGGACCAUCUCCUCCCAGCCCGCCGCCACCGGCGCCGGCCACCGCCCCGAGCGCACCCAGAGCCAGUCCGACAGCGACAAGGAGCGGGACCGGGAGCGCAGCCAGAGGAGCAUGAGCAUCGCCACGGGGUGCUGGGGCCGCGGCGCGGCCGCCCGGCUGGAGGCCGGCCUCUUGGGGCAGAAGUAGCCAGCCCAGAGCCUGUGGGCUGCAGCCGCCGGAGGAGAAGACGAAAGGAAAGAGGGACGAGGCCAGCGUUGACGGGCUGGAAGGGUAAAUAUGGUGCUACUCUUAAUAACAUCGUGGUGUGGUGGGAAGAGAGGGGAUGUUUCCCACACGAGGACGUGCAGGCCUUGCAAGCGGGAGCGUCAGGUUUGUGCAGCACGAGCCCAACGAACAGCUGGAAAUGACGGGGGGGGGAAGUGUCCAGGUCAAGAUGGCGCUCUCUCCUGCCUCCUCCUCUUAUCCAGGUUUAGUGACUGUAAAUACGUGCCUCCUCGCCUUGUUAGCCAUCGCUGCACCGGGCCGAGCUGUCCUCAGAGCCACGGGAGCAGGGGGUGAGGCUGGGGACCUUGUUCUGGGUGGUCCCAGGAGUCAGCCUGAGGUGCUCGGUGGGUGCCGGGGUGGGUUUGGGGCUCUCAGGGGGGUGUUCCCCUGACCCAGGGGUUGGUCGUGGGCCGGGCAGAGCAGCCCAGAGCUUUACCUGCUCCGAGAGCUUCACCUUCAGCCAUUUCCUCCAGGAGUCGGUGCAGGCAAAGCAUGAAGUUGUGACGAUGCUGUUGGUAGAGGCAGAACGUCAGCAGGUUCGUGCCCAAGGAAGUGGGGUCCUUAUUGUUACUACUGUUAUUUUUUUAAAAGAGACCUUUUAGAAGCCGAUGGAACUUAAUGCAUUGACCUAUUAAAAGAGGAAUACAAGCUAUUCUGAGCUGUGACAAACCUCAGACACUUAAUUUGCUGUUAAAGUCUCCAUAUAUUCUUGCUCUCUAUAUAUAUUAUUUCCAAAAGUAACCACUGUAUAUUUGGAAGCAGCUGAAGGCACUCAGCAGCUAGAUUGCAUUGCAGUUCUUCUCAUCCAAAUGCAGGGUCUGACUCUCUCAACACCCACCUCUGAGACGUUUUCUUCUUCCCAGGUUCUCUCCAAGUUCAGUAGCAGCUUUCAUGGGAACUAGACUCGCUUCUUUUACCUGUAGUUACUGAACUGUAAAACCUCAUUGUUUUUUGCACUGAUGAUUUUUAGAAUGGAAACCUGUUACCAUCUCAUGUAGCUACACCUAAACUAUUUGUAGUGCAUGACAAUGAACUAUUGCUAAGCCAGGGUGUGUGUGUAUAUCUAGACAUAUAUGCAUAUACAUAUGCACACACACAUAUAGAUAUGUAUAUGUAUAUAUUUAAAAAUCAAACAAAAAUCUGUGCAGAAGUUUUUUCCAGCAGUAAGGAGACUGUAAGGAAGUGUGCCAACGCUGUCAGGCAAGCUUAAGAAAAGGCCAUAUCUUAAUUUCCCUGGUGUGUUUCUCAGUGGACGUGCCUGAGAUGAUGGUUUGUGGGCUGCUGGAGCGCAGUGGGGCUGGGUGUGUGGCAGGGGGACCUGCUGGUGUGUCCCUGGGGACACCAGGAGGUGUGGCAGGGGAGGUGGCGCUGCAGCAGCCUGGAACAGCCAGUGCCUGGAGCGAGGGCUGGUCCAGAGUCCUGGCCCUGCCGGCUCAGCCAGUUCCCUCCUUGCACACACCUCCCGGGAUGGAGGGGCAUCCCCCGGGAGACCCAUCUACAGCCUCUAGUUGGCCUCUUCACGUGGAGAUUUUCUAGUCCUACCAACCUCCCCUACUCUGUGUAACCCUGCUUUCCCCCCUCUGCACUUUCCUGUCUUUAUAUCACUUUCUACUUAAUGAGGAUCUUAUUUAUAACGAAUUUUUUAGACUGGCUGCUUCAUUUUGUUACCUGUUUCAAUAUGAAGUGCAGGACGGGCCGCACUGAGACACACAGCACUGUGAACACUGCUCUGGGCCAGGGUAGGCAAACCUAACUCAUCAGACAUCCGAGGUAGAUCUCAUAUUCCUGGCGCUGGAGGUCGAAGCAGGGGCAGAGGAGGGACAGUGCUGGGCUGGAAGCGCUCAGACCCACUGCCCGCCCGCCCCCCAGUGCAUCUCCCACGUCUUGCAGCCUGACUGCAAAGUGUGUAACCACUUCUCUUGGAUAAUCAAUCAGUUACAGAAUGUAUCUGAUGACUUUUGUUACCGAGAACUGACUUCCCUUUCUGCUGGCUCAGCUCAGCUCUCUCUGAAUGUACAUCCUGAGCUGACUUUACAAUGUGAAUCCUCCCUGCUUUUUGCUAGCUGAAUGUUCUAUCAGAUGCCAUCUGAGUAGGAAGCCAAGCCACGAUCCGUCCUGUGAAGUCACCAAACCAAAUCACAAAGUAUUUUCUGCAAAUUUGGAUAUGGCCUUUGCAAAAGUCAACUUUCCUCCACAUCCACCACCAAGGCAUGAUCUGUACAUUUUCCAAUGCUGAUGAGAUGUUCACAUUUUCUUAUGUGUAGAUAGUGUAAAACAGAGGCAAAUGUAAAUGUUCAACAUACAAAGUGGAUAUAUAAAACUGAAAGUUAUUUAUUUAUGUAGAGGGAAAAAAAAAAAGUCUGGAGGGACUGGAACCUUCAGGGUUUAUUAAUAUUUAAAAAAUGUAGCUUUUUGUUUCAGGCAUUAUGUACAAAGCAAUUAUUUUAUGGACCAAGUUUAAUGUAACUGUCAAUGAAUGCAGAAGUGCAAUAUUAUACUCACCUCUCCAUCACUUUUAAACAGCUACUAACCCGUUAGACUGACAAUCACAGCUCCUCUGUCCUCAUCCUUUGUUGAGCUUCUUGCAACUUUGCUGGGUCCUUUCCCUGGCCCCCCAUCUGUUGCCAUUGCACGGAUCCAACACGGAGGAGCAAUUGUAGAGCAGGACCUUUAUUGCUGCAAUAAUACCAGAUGAGGUGGGUGUAGUUACCAGGAAAUAUGCCAAUAAGUUGUGUCGUUUGUUGUUUUUUUUUUUCCUCCACCAAUUCAGUCCAUCAUAGUCUGCAUCAAUCUAUCCUCAGCCGCCCCCAUCUGGCACUCAUCUAUCUGAAGCAAAGAUCAACAUGCUACUCACUCAAAAACGAAUAGCAAUAGUUUAACUCUGUGUUUAUAACCUGUUUGUUCUGAGCUGUUUUGGAGAGCAAUGCAUGUGACCCGAUGCCUUUCCACGUCUGCAGAAGAGGAUCCGUUUGGAUGCAGUUGAGGGAAAGAUGAAUGUGUAUCCCAACCUUCCUAAAGGGGCACUGUCAGGUUACAGACCUAAUUUAUCUUUGGUACAAAUAACUUGUUUGCUUCAAAAUGAAAGAACAUGGAAGUUUCUUGUACCCCUGUCCCUGGGCACUGCCUGAGCAGCCAUGGGUGUGACGGGUGACAGCGGCGCUGCUCCCGCUGCCCACGGCCUGUCCUUGCAUGCUGCCACAACACAGCCCGUGCUGCACAGGCUGCCUCAGGCUGCUGCUUGUUUGGUUGGUGUGUUGUUUUGGUUUUUUUUUUUUUAAUCAUUUCCACGGGAAUCAAACUGCUGCAGAGCUCAGAUUUUUUAUAAACAGCAGCUUUUUGUAUUGCCACGCUCUCGGGCCAGACUUUCUACCUGACGCUGUCCCUUUAAAGUCUUUUUAAAAAAAAGAGGAGGAGCCCACAUGUUCCCUCUGAGUCGUUCUCCUGGGUUUGCUCGAUCCCUCAGUCAGAUGGGGUGAAAUUCUGAUACCAAAAACGUUUACAGUGUCCGACAGGUGAGGCGAGAGCAGUGACCAGCCAAAGGGUUACUCACACACCCCGCCCAGCAGCCGCCGUGCUUGCUGUAGCAGCCCCUUCUUCAGGUACUGCCACGUCUGCUGCAUCUCCUCUUAGUUCUAGAAGCCUUACGGUCCCUUCCUCAGCACCCUCUCUGCCUCUUGAUACCCUCGACUGUCAAUUUUAUAUUCUGACAACAUUCGUUACAUUUUAUUUAUAAAACCUUGCUGGAGGGGCGGCAGCCGCGCGCGGGGCCCUCCCUGCGCGCACAGCACCCGCGUGUGACAAACCUUCUGUACAACUUCCUUCUCCUCCUUGCUGUUAGUGCAUCGUUCCAAUGCCUGGGUGUGCUUUCUGUACAGUAUCAUUGUGACUUACACAGAUUAAAGAAAUGGGAAGGCUCUUCUCUG